AUGGAACUGGGUACUUGUGACGUGGAUGCACAGCUUUUGGAGCAGUUUGGUGCACUGGGUACGAACGAUAAAGAUGAUUUGGUCAGUCAGCUGAGGACAGUGGUUGGGCCUAGCAUAUCGCAAGAUGCUUGUCGGUUUUUCUUGGAGCUAGCAGGAUGUUUUGAGGAUUCAUCGGCACUGCAAAAUGCUGUUACCACCGUUUGCACGUUUAAUCCAACGUCCAUUGCGGUUGAGAACCCUGGAGUCAGCUGUAUCUCCCCAUCAUUUGAUCUCCGAAUUUGGCCUUCGCCUUCUGGUUCUCCAGGCACUCCUGAAUCUUUUAAAGUCGUGAUUGAAAAUUCGGGUCCCAACCCCUGGUCAGACAAUUUUUAUAUACGUUCUGAGGGUGAUCAGUCUGUGGCCAAGUUGGCAACACGAAGUCCUAUUUCUGGUCAGAUCGCAUGGCUUCCUAUUGGCGCCGACGGUCGAAUCCCUCUUCCCCCUGUCCCACCUGGCCAGAUUACAGAACUGACAAUCAAUGUCAAUUCCCCAAAUACGCUUGCUGCAGGUUUACCACUAAAGCCUGUGGUCGGGGCCCUCAGCUUCUGCAUGGCUAAUGGUGAAAAUUUUGGCGGUAAGUCCUUGAAGAAUCUCCAUAUUCAGUAUCAACGCAGCUGUAGCUCAUAA